AUGUCAGCCGGCAGCGGUAUCGCCGGAAAUUGCAGAAAAACGGCCGGUUUUUACCCAGAUUUUCCGGAGCUCGUUCCGGCGAUUCCGGCCACCAAAUCUUGCGAUCAAGGUAUGCGUAGGCAACUCGAUUUACGAAUUGGGUUUCGGCCGGAUUUCGGGAUGAGAUUCCGGCCACUUCCGGAUAGGAAGCUUGGCCGGCGGUUUGGAGUUUUCCGGCCGCCGGAAAUUACUCAAGGCACCCACGCGCUGCCGGCGCGUGUGGCGGCGCGUGGGCAAGGAAAUUGGACCGGCUCGAGGUUCUAA